UUUCAGAAUGUCUUCUCGUCGAGUUUCGCUUCCAGUCGCUCUUCACACCCUCAACACACCUCAAACGAUCUAUUCGGGAGUUUCUCGACUUUCUCCUCCUUCACCUCAUUCAGCCAGGAGGUCAAGUAAUUUCGUUGGAAGUCCACCGUCAUCAGGACCAAAUUAUGGGCAUCGUCGUUCUCUGCCAGGUACACCACAUCAACGAACUCGCCACAGGGUCCUUCCGCAUCUCGAUGAGGAUCAAGGCAGUAGCUCAAGUUCUGACAACUCUCCUCGUCACCCCUCUCGACCUACCAAUCUGGCUAGGAGGUACAAAUACUCACUACAAGACGGAGAUUUCAUGGAAACAAACAACAAUAUUCGCGUAAAGGAUGGAUUAGAUGGUCUUGGACCGAUUGAGGGAAAGCUUCGUAGUUUUGGUUACAAGCAUGGAUCGUUAGUCGACAAUGGCUACGAACUCAAAGGCCUCGGAAAGGCUGUCGCUCGGAAUAGAGGCGAGAACAGAAGAGCAACAUGUCCCGAAAUUUACCUUUACCCUGAACCCAGUUUGCCAACCCGACAUAUUGUUUUGCGACUCUAUGGCGGGCGAAAUACUGGAAAGAAGACCCUCGCUCACCAAAUUUACCAUGUCGCUUCGUCAACAACGCCGGAUCAGACGCAUGUCAUUUCAAGUGAAAGCGAACAAACUGCCUCAAAGACUAUCAACUUCCUUCUCAAUGGCGAAGAGAUACAAAUGGAAAUUGUCAUUGAGUCUACGCUCGAGUCUGCGCCAUUCUCUAACCAUUUAACAAUGUAUGUUGUUGUUUACUCCGUCGAUAGCAGAGAAUCUUUCAAGCGAGCAGCUAAUUUGUUGUAUAGGAUCUAUCAAAAUAGAAGUACAUAUACUGUACCUGUUGUGCUAAUCGGAAAUAAGAUUGACUUGAAACGACACACCACUAUUUCAACAUUAGAAGGAAGAUCACUUGCUAAGAUCUACAAGUGUAGCUUUGUUGAAGUUUCUGCACUACUUUCAAUGAACACGGAUGCUAUGUGGACAGAGUUGAUCAAGCAGCUUCAGGACCCCACGGAAAACCAGCCGACGCCAGACCCAUCAUGGAUGCAACGACUCGUCUCACGUGGCCGACACAUUGCAAAGUCUUGUGAAGAAAUUGUACAACGGCUUAUCGCUGCGUAA